AGAGGGAACCCUUGCUUUGCACGCUUUUUAACUUCAGUACUCCCCUGGGAGUAGAGUAAACUCAGUUCAGUUACGCUGUGCGCACUGCUGUCACAGUAGCCUUUUUACGACAUAGCACCGCUGUCGUUUCUAGGCGCAUAUGUUGGAUUUUAAUGUCAGAAAACCAAGGCAAAUUAAUUUGUUUUUAAUCAAGCUUCAGUAUAGUCCAGUAACGUUACAUAUAAUUAUUGCAUCCGAGUUUAUCGAAUAAAUACGAUUUAGAAAGAAAUGGAGGGGCUCUUCCACGAAGAUUUGGCAGCCUUGUCAGAUUUGGAUGAACAAAGUUUGUUGGAAUCCCUGAGUCAACGGUUCAAACAAGAUCGCAUCUAUACCUACAUUGGGGACAUCUUGGUCGCCAUAAAUCCAUUUAAAUACCUCCCUCUCUAUGUGAAAGAGGUGUCAGAGAGGUAUAAGUACCAUGAGAAGAGCAAGCUACCUCCUCAUAUAUUCGCUGUGGCAGACAGAGCCUACCAGUCCAUGAUGGGAAGGUUAGCCACGGGACCCCGAAACCAAUGCAUUGUUAUCAGUGGGGAGAGUGGAGCAGGGAAGACCGAGAGCACCAAGCUGCUGCUCAGACAGAUCAUGGAGCUUUGCAGAGCCAACUCACAGCUGGAGCAACAGAUACUACAGGUGAAUCCUCUGCUGGAGGCCUUUGGCAAUGCCCAGACUGUGAUGAAUGACAACAGCAGUCGCUUCGGGAAGUACAUUCAGCUGCGCUUCCACAACUCCUCAGUAAAAGGAGCUAAGAUCAACGAGUACCUCCUGGAGAAGUCUCGUGUGGUCCACCAGGAUGAGGGCGAGAGAAACUUCCAUAUCUUCUACUGCAUGCUGGCGGGCAUCUCCCCGGAGGACAAAGACAUGUAUGGACUCCUGGACCCCACACAGUACAGGUAUCUGAAUGGGCGGUACGGCUCUGAGGACAUAGUGAAGAAAUGGGGGGAGAAGUACAGUGAAGUGUGUAACGCAAUGGACAUGGUGGGAUUUCAGGAACAGGAGAAGGUAGACAUGAUGACUAUCCUGGCAGGGAUCCUGUCUUUGGGAAACAUCAUGUUUGAGCCCACAGAGACCGACGUGCUCAGGGUCACUGGCAAGUCCAUGGGCUGGCUCAAAGCCACAGCUGGUCAGUUUGGGGUGCAGGAGGAGGAGUUGCUGAGGAGUCUGACCUGUACUCUGUCUGUGACGAGAGGAGAAGCCAUCCGCAGGCUGCACAACCAGCAGCAGGCCGAGGAUGCCAGGGACUCCAUUGCCAAAGUGGCUUAUGGGAGAGUAUUUGGCUGGAUUGUCAGUAAAGUUAACGAACUGCUGGCUCCCAAUGUUGACUUUGACGUUGAGCUGAAUGAAAUAGGUAUCCUUGACAUUUUCGGGUUUGAGAAUUUUGCCGUGAACCGUUUUGAGCAGCUCUGCAUCAACCUGGCCAAUGAACAGCUGCAGUACUUCUUUAACCACCACAUCUUUCUGAUGGAGCAGAAUGAAUACAAGGAAGAGGGCAUCGAGUGGGAGACGAUCUCCUUCAAAGACAACAAGCCUAUCCUGGACCUGAUCCUUACUAAACCUAUUGGGAUACUUUCUCUCCUGGACGAGCAGAGUGCCUUUCCUCAGGCAUCAGACAGAGACUUUGUGGACAAGUUGAACAGUAAAUUUAAAAGCAGCCCCCACUAUGAGGUGGUCCGGAGUCACAGCCCCCUCUUCACUGUGGUUCACUAUGCUGGGAAGGUGAGGUUACAUACCUCCUUUAUAAUGGUACUUUAUAAUGCACUAUGA